AUGCUGCUGUAUUUUUGGGGUCGGCGGCAGAAUUUACCCCCUGGACCGACCCCUCUGCCCUUCCUGGGGAACAUCCUGCAGGUUGAGGUCACCCGACUCAUCGAUUCCCUCCGCAAGCUCAGUGAGAUCUACGGCCCCAUCUUCACCUUCCACCUGGGAUCCCGACCCUGCGUUGUACUUUCGGGGUACCACUUGCUCAAAGAAGCUCUCAUCGAUCAUGCUGAGGAAUUCAGCGGCCGUGGUGACUUCCCGGCAGUCCAACAGUGGAGUCGUGGCAACGGUAUUGUCUACGGGACCGGGGAGCGCUGGCGGCAGCUGCGUCGCUUCGCCAUCACCACUUUGAAGAGUUUCGGCAUGGGCAAACGUGGCGCAGAGGAGCGAGUCCGCGAGGAAGCCCAAUAUCUCCUCCAACACCUUCAGCAGACCAAUGGGCAGCCCUUUGACCCCACUUUCCUGUUGAGCUGCGCUGGCUCCAACAUCAUCUGUUGGUUGGUUUUCGGGGAGCGGUUCGAGUACGGGGACAAGCGGUUCCUCGCCCUCAUGGGGCUCAUCAACGCCAACUGGAAGCUGAUGAGCUCAACCUGGGGGCAGCUGCUCUUCAUCUUCCCCAACAUCAUGCGCUUCGUGCCGGGGCCGCACCGGCAGAUUUAUGCCAACUACCUGCAACUGGCUGAAUUUGUUGGGGAGCGAGUGCAGAGGAACCGGCAGACGUUAGACCCCCAAAAUCCCCGAGAUUUCAUUGACUGCUUCCUUCUGAAGAUGCAGCAGGAGAAGGGGAACCCUGACACCCAUUUCACCGAGGAUACGCUCUCCAAGACCACCGUCAACCUUUUCUUCGCCGGGACGGAGACGGUCAGCUCCACUCUCAAAUACGGGCUCCGUAUCCUGCUCCGGCACCCCGAGGUGGAAGCCCGGCUCCACGAAGAGAUUGACCGGGUGAUUGGCCGUCACCGUAGCCCCUGCAUGGAGGACCGGAGCCGUAUGCCUUACACCGAUGCUGUCAUCCAUUUUUUUCGUCCCCUCCUCCCCAUGUGUCUCCCCCCCGCCGCCACUCACGAUGUCCAGCUGCGGGGGUACACCAUCCCCAAGUUUGCCCCCAGCCAGUUCGCCAACCCCCAAACCUUUGACCCCGGGCAUUUUUUGGAUGAAAAUGGCCGUUUCAAACGCAAUGACGCCUUCAUGGCCUUCUCUGCUG